GCUAGCGGCGCCGCCCCCGCCAUGCGAGCGCCGCCGCUGCUGCUGCUGCUGCUGAUGGCGGCCGCGGGCCUGGCCGUGAGUCCGCUCGCGCGCCUCAACCCCUGGCUGAGCGCGUGCGAUCUGGAGGAGGAGGGCGCGAGCGCCGAGUGCGGCGACGGGCACGCGGCGUGCGGCGGCGGCGGCGCCGAGACGCUGGCGGGGCGCGACGUGCAGCCGCUGUGCACGCUGGGGGCCGGAGCGAGAGCGCGACGCCUGGCCGAGCUGCGGCUGCGCGCCUGCUGCGAGCGCUCGCCCGCCUCCGCGCUCGACCGCAGCGCGCGCGCCGACGUGCUCGCCGGCGGGGAGCGCUGCGAGCGCACGCUGCGCGACCUCCUCGCCCUCGAUGCGAUGGUCGCGCGCGUGCACUGCGAUUUCGCCACCAUCCUCCAACGCUAUGACUGCGACCAGUCCUAUUCCGUACACACGUGUAAUGAGUGCCAGGAGACGUACCGACGGUGGGCGUGUAGCACAAUGGUGCCACUUUGGGUGGAAGAGGGCUCUGAGGACGGCGAAGAGGGCGGGCGAUCGCGACGUGCGCCCGCUGAGCAUGCGGCUCGGUGGCGUGCACGACAUCUUGAGCGCGUGGGUCACUUGGACCGGCGGCGCGGCGGAGGAGUUGUAGGCCGCUGGGUGCGGGCCGCCGCCGCGGGUCCCGGGCGGCCUAUCGUUCGUCUCAAGCCAUGCCUCUCCGUUUGCCAGCUCGUGGAGCAACACUGCCCCUAUUUCCUGCCUGCGGACCGAGCACCUGCAUAUCCCACUCAAUAUGCCGGCGAACCCACCUUCCUAUGCCUUGACCCGCGCAUACCAGAAACAGGUGCACAGUCGAAUAAAUCCAAUUACGGAGCCGACGAGUGCUGUUACUGGUAUUGCGAGGGACGGCUCUGUUAUCGCUGCGAGGCACGGCUGAGCGAGCCGCCUCGGCCCGAGGCGGAGCGCUGCUCGCCUGUCGAGGAGCGCACAGCCACCUGCUCGGUGCCCUACCAGGCGCCCGCCGCCGCUGCCACAGCACCGCCGCACCCCGUGCUCCUUCUAGCCUCUCUCGUCAUCACUAUCGCCACACUGAUUCGGACUCACUGGACACCAACCAUACCUCUAGUGAAUGUGCGCGAUUCGAGGUUAUAGUUUUACGUUAACGUGCGUCGCACUCCCACGUCCCGCGAUCGCCGGACUAUGAUCGAAACUUCUAUUAGUGGCGUACUUAUGAUAAUAAAUGGCGAUGAUGCGUUCAGCGACGCCUACGAGUCGCGGCGCCGGAACGCCGAGUCGUCGCCGCGAGCGAGAGGCGUCUAUAUCGUCUCUAUAGACUAUAAGUUCAUGUCUGUGUCCGUUUGUUUGAUACACGUCUGUCACAGAAACACCAAAAUAAUGUUUUUUAAACGUUACUUAUGCGUCGUUUUCACGAAUAUAUAUAGCCGCCGUUCCGGCCAGUAUAAUAAUGUUUUUGACACGAAUUGUAAACGACUAAAUAUAUUUGCGUUAAGUGAGAUGUAGAUUUUAAAUAGAACUACAGUUUGAUGUUCGUGUGAAUUUAAAACCCAUAUUAUAAUUAUUUCACUUAUUUUUGCUAAAAUAGUUUAUAUAAAGUCGCUCAGUGUGAAACUGUUUGUAGCUCGUGUCGUGUAUGACUACAACUAAUGAACAAAUUAUCAUAUUCCUUUAAAGGUUACAAACGAGGUGACAGUUGGUGUAAUACUAAAUACGUCGCAAUUUUAAAUGGUAAUAUGUUUGGAUUAAAAAGAAAGUUAAGGUACAUUUAAUAUAUUUCUAAAGAUAUAUCACCCAAACGCAGUUCAAUGUGAUGCACGUACAGAAUCUGGCCCGUCGGUGACCCAAGUCAAUUCAGUUGGCAGAAUAACCGUCAUACAAAGAGAACAGUCUUAAAAAUUGGCACGAAUUGCAAUCGAUGUUUCCCUUAUAAUAAAAUCACUUUGGCCACAAUAGUAUAUUGAAUACGUAGUGUUAAUUUUUAGGAACAUUGGUAAAGAGACGGAGGCAUUGAGACAACGUACUUGGUAACUAAAACACUAAUUGAUGCGAAUAAGAAAUAUUUUAAUUUAUUUAUUUAUAAAUUUUCGAAACACCUUCGGUAUAUUCACAAAUUACUAUUAAGUAAAAGUAGGAAACAAAUUCUUAUACAGUGUGAUACACCACAUUUUAAAUAUCAUUAAUAUAUCUUUAAAAUAAAUACAAAAUGUUGAACAACAAUAUGAAAGAACAUAAAUAACUACAGAUUAAAACAUUCGAAAAUAUAUGAGAAAUAUUGGAAUUACUAACAGUAUUUA